GCACACGCGCACACAUAUUCCGAAGCGUAAAUACCGUGAGUGAGCUUUUCCGAAGUGCAGCAGCCUAACGGCAGUGAAGAAACGGUCCACAGGAAUAACUUUUAGCUAAAGUUCUCACCGCGAGUCGGUUUGAAAGUGCAGCAGAGGCGAAAACUGAACCGAAAUCCAUAAUUAGAUAAAGAAAAUUUUGAGAAAUGGAAAACAGAACAUCAGGAAGCAAUUCCCACACACUCCAAGCACACCCACUGAAAACACCUUUGUUCAGAGCAGAGCUAAGUGGUGUAAAUUACAGAAUCCCAGCUCUAAUCUGCAUUAAUGACGCCCAAACCUUUCUUGCUUUUGCUGAGAAGCGAACAUCAUGCCAUGAUCAUGAUGCCACUCUCCUGUUCAUGAGGAGGGGAACACGGCAGAAUGGGUCCAUUCAGUGGUCACCUGUUCAGGAGCUUAGCACAGCUUGUUUGCCAGGACAUCGCACCAUGAACCCGUGUGCGGUGUAUGAGAAAGAAUCUAAGACUCUCUUUCUGUUCUUUAUCUGUGUGUUGGGUAAGACCACUGAGAAUCACCAGAUUUGCACAGGUAAGAACAAGGCUCGGCUGUGUUAUGUCACUAGCAAGGACAGAGGGCAGAAUUGGAGCAGCACGACAGACUUGACAGAAAGUGUGAUUGGACAUGAGAUUGGAAAUUGGGCCACGUUUGCUGUUGGACCUGGGCACGGCAUUCAAAUGAAGACUGGCAGACUCAUCAUUCCUGCUUAUGUUUAUUACAUGAGCAUGAAAGAUGAUAACUGCCCACCACAUGCGACGUCCCAGGCUUUCGCAUUCUAUAGUGAUGACUGUGGGACCACAUGGCAGUUCGGAGAAAGAGUAAGUACUGAAUCUUGUGAGUGUGUGAUGGCAGAGAUCAUUGACAAAGAGAGCAGGAGUCACUUAUACUGCAACGCAAGAAGCACUAGAGGUUGUAGAGUUGAGAGUCUGAGCGAAAGCGGUGGAGCGGCUUUUGGUACAUUUCGAUUUCCACAGAACCUGGUAGAAUCUGGUUAUGGCUGCCAGGGUAGUGUGGUAAGCUUUGCUGCACCUAAGGAACAAAAGAACUUAACAUCAGACACUGAGAACUGGCUACUUUAUUCUCAUCCAACUGACAGAAUGAAGAGAAAGGAUCUUGGGGUUUAUCUGAAUAAGUCUCCUCUUAGUGCUUCUGGAUGGAGCAAGCCAUGGAUCAUCCAUCACGGCCCCAAUGGAUACUCAGAUCUGACUGCAUGCGAGGAGCCCGAUCGCUUUGCUUGCCUCAUGGAGUGUGGGAAGAAGAGUGAACUUGAAGAAGUAGCCUUUGUGGAGUUUUCCCUCUGUGAUAUCAUGAACAAUCAGUAGCUAUAUGUACAUGCAUGGUAUUAAUCUGGAUGUUAAAAAAUCAGCACCUAAAUCAGAAUAAAAUUCCUAUCUUGGUUAAAUUCAAUUUGUAUAGCACUUUUAGCAAUAGACUGAGCAGCUUUACAGAAAUCCAGAUAUGGAUGUAGAUCCUUAAAGAGCAAACUAGAGGUGACACUGGCAAAGAAAAACUCCCUGGCAUGACAUGAGGAAGUAACUGUGAGAGGAACCAGACACUUCUGGGUGACACCUGAUAUUAGGAUUUUGAGCAUUACUAUCUAAAUGAUCAAAUUUUAAAGGGAGGAGGUGGAUAAUCUAUUUAUGAAUGCCUUAAAUGCUAGAAUAAUCACAACAUAAAUGUUGAAAUCUGCUUAAAUUUCACAAGCCGAAUCUUUGCAUACAUUCUACUCAUGCGGAGUUACAUCAUGAUUCCUGCUGACCAACAUGACUGGUGCAGAAAUACUGGUCCAGUGCAUUUAACUGAUAUUUCUAAGCAGAAUGAUACAGGAUGUGAUUUCCUCUUUUUGCUUUCUAUUUAAAAUGGACAUUUGAAAAAUGAUUUCUUGAGACUAACUUUUCGUUUUCUUUCUUGCACUCCAGUGACCAAAAAGUGACCAAAACUGAAUUGACAUCAAGAAUGAAAUUAAUUUGCCCCAGCUUGUAUUGGAGCUUGGAUCAUGUGAAAAUCAGAGGCCUAUAACAGGAAAACAGACAGCAGAAUUAUAAAUGCUUCCCUUCAUCCUAUGAUAGCCCCCUGCUGACUGCUUCUUGCUGUGGUUACACUAAUGUGUAUAAGUUUAUCUUGGAUUACAUGGAAAAGGAUUGUAAAUGGACAUAUUCAGUUCUUUGUGGAGUUUAAAGCAAAUACAUAAACAGUUAAUUCAGAACCUCUAGUAUUGUGGAUUUUGGCCAAGAAUGGUCAACGUCACUGUCUUCACUACCGAUACCACUGAGGCGAUAUGUCAUCAUGCCUCUGCUUCCUGUUUGCGGGUUGCUUUGCCUGCAGCUUAUGGACUAUUUCUGGGACUAGACCAUGGAGAGGAGCUUGAACAGUUGAUAACUUCAGUUUGAUAUGAUAGACUUAAAUUUAAAACUCUAAUCAUGCUCAUACUCUAGUUCAUGUUAACACAGCAUUAUUUGACUAUAGUAUACAGUUAUAAAGAGAAAUUAUUUAUAAUCACGCUUUCCGGUGUCACCCAGAAGAAGAUGGGUUCCCUUUUGAGUCUGGUGGCUCUCAAAGUUUCUUCCUUUUGUUGUCUCAGGGAGUUUUUCCUUGCCGCUGUCGUCUCUGGCUUGCUCAUUAGGGAUACAUUGAAAAUUUUAAUUUAAAUUUUAUAGCUGGAUUUCUGCUUUGUGACACUGAAUUCCUGCUUUGUGAAUUGAAUUCCUCUUUCUGUUAUCAUAAUGAUUCCUGUGUAUUGGUCCCUGGUCUGACCUCGACACAGCGAAAGCUCAUGGAUCGUUUCUGAACCAUAUCUUAAGAGGGAAAUGGUGAAAAGAGGGACCUGAGUCUGGAUGGUUAUCUUCACCAACAGGGUUUAAGCUUGAUGGUAAUCUUAGCCCCCAAACUAUUUAACUAGCAUGAGGAUAUGUUUUUGAUAGACAUUAUUGUAUGCUGGAGUACAGAGUACAGCACACAGAGCACUUCUGUAUGUUGCUCUGGAAAAGUGUAUCUGUUAAAUGCUGUAAAUGUAAAUGUAAAUGGUGGUCCCUUUUCACCGAUGGAUGGAUUAGAGUGGGAACAACACAUGGGCUACAUAAAGUAAUUAUAAUGAGUGCAGUAAUGAGUGCAGCUACAAUGUAUUGGUACCUAAUAAAAUGACAACUCAGUAUAUUUCUAUGUGU